GCUACGUGUAUAUAUAGUUGCUAGUUCUUGCUAGCCUCAGCAGUUAUAUUCGCGUUUCCCAUCUGUUGCGAGGCAAAAUUUCAAAUAAAGCCUUUUGAUUGGAGGAAGAGGUAGUCGUUUUUCCUGCCCUUUCCUUAUAAAAAAUCUUUCGGAGUUGACGUCGAAUGGCGACGUAACGGGUUAAAUAGUUCAGUUUUAUCGGUCGGCUAGUGUUGGCUCUUAAAAAAGAGAAAAGAUAUAAUGUAUAUAUAUAUAUUCGUGUAAUCUAAGCGGCUACGUUAUAAUUAAAUGAAUGUGCAGCCGCUUUAAAGAAUGUGACUUAAAGUAAAAGGCUAGUGUGUACGUUAUAAUAUAUCGUGGUGUGUAAUCAGAAAAUGUUUCAUCACGAAUACGAGAAACGACUAUUGAAGUCAAAUAGCGAGGGCCACAUAGAUAAUUUAAGCACUCCUGUUCAUUACACGCCUGUAUAUUUUUCACCAAGUAAAAUGACCAACAAUAGUUUUGAUCGAUUUAUACCGACAAGGUCGGGUAACAACUGGCAGACAACCUUUUCAAUGAUAUCUGAAAACGGCCGAAGUGGUCUUGCGACAAAGAAGACUCGUGAAAAUGGUGAAGGCAGUCGAGACGGUAUUGCGUAUUCCUGUCUUUUAAAAAAUGAGCUGUUAGGUGCUAGCAUUGAAGACGUUAAAGGUCAAUGCGAGGAAAGACGAAUUCUCUCACCUUUGAUGUCCAAAAAUUUAUUUAAAUAUACUACACCAACUAAGGAUCAUACACUUUUGGAUCAAAGCUCGCCUUAUUCACUUUCACCUUUAAGUGCUAAAAGUCAAAAAUUAUUACGUUCACCUAGAAAAGCGACUAGAAAAAUAUCUAGAAUACCAUUUAAAGUACUCGACGCUCCUGAAUUGCAAGAUGACUUUUAUUUAAAUUUGGUCGAUUGGUCAUCGCAAAAUGUUCUUAGCGUUGGCUUAGGUAGUUGUGUCUACUUGUGGUCAGCUUGUACCAGUCAAGUAACCAGACUGUGUGAUCUGUCCAGUGAUGGCAAUAGCGUCACCUCGGUAGCCUGGAACGAAAGAGGAAACUUAGUUUCAGUUGGAACGCAUUUAGGAUACAUUCAAGUAUGGGACGUUGCUGUAAACAAACAAGUAAGCAAACUACAUGGACACAGUGCCAGAGUUGGUGCUUUGGCAUGGAAUGGAGAAGUUCUCUCUUCUGGUAGUAGAGACAGAUUAAUAUUACAAAGAGACGUUAGAACACCUUGUGUCGUGAGUGAACGACGUUUGGGAGCUCACAGACAAGAAGUUUGUGGCUUAAAAUGGUCUCCGGAUAAUCAGUACUUGGCCUCUGGUGGGAAUGACAAUCGUCUUUAUGUUUGGAAUUUACAUUCUUUGUCACCGAUACAAACUUAUACUGAACACUUGGCUGCUGUCAAGGCAAUCGCUUGGUCUCCACAUCAUCAUGGCUUACUGGCUUCAGGUGGUGGUACUGCAGAUAGAUGUAUCAGAUUUUGGAAUACUUUAACUGGUCAACCUAUGCAGUGCGUUGAUACUGGAUCCCAAGUUUGUAACUUGGCUUGGAGUAAGCACAGUUCAGAACUAGUCAGUACACAUGGCUAUUCCCAAAAUCAAAUAUUAGUUUGGAAGUAUCCAAGUUUAACACAGGUUGCAAAAUUAACUGGACAUUCUUAUAGAGUUUUGUACUUAGCCAUGUCACCUGAUGGUGAAGCUAUUGUAACAGGUGCUGGAGAUGAAACUCUUCGUUUUUGGAAUGUGUUCAGUAAAGCUCGCAGUCAGAAAGAAAACAAGUCUGUACUAAAUUUAUUCACAAGCAUUCGAUAAAUUUAUAUUUACUAAAUUAUCAUUGAAAUUUAUAAUUUUAUGUAUUGUACAUACAUAUAUUGCAUAUACGAUAAUAGUAUUCUAAAAGAAUCAUGAGAUAUAUAAAACAUAUAUAGUUUUAGACUAUAAAUAUUUAGAUUUGUAGAUAAGACUAUUCAGCUGGUGGUUGUAGUAUAAGUUCAUAAAUGCACAGCCUGCAAUAGAAUGAGUCUAGUGUGCAAUAUGUCACUACUUUGGUAGGGACUAGGUAUGCCCUUAUAAGGAAAUAUGCAAGAAUUUAUAUUUUAUUUGAAUUAUUUUUCUUAUAUACUUUAUAUAUUAUUUUUUUUUUUUUUCUAUGU